AUGCAUCGUCUAACACCUAUUCUCCUAUCGCUCUCCGCCCUGUUUGCGUUCGAUGUACCAUCACCUGUAACCUAUCGCAAUGAGACCAAACUGAAUGUAACUGUUAUUCACGAUCCAGCAGUGCCGUUCGCUCGUUUCGGGAUGUUGUACUACUGGCCCGGACACUACAAACACUCUCCGUCCACACCCAAGAAAUGUAUCUUUCUGAAAAAUCAUCCUGACUGGCCAUUUGGAGAAUAUCUCUAUUCUAACGGAACAAUCGUGUCAGGUGUGGAAUUCGGAUGUGAAACUGAUGAGUUGUGUAGAAAGUAUAAAUGUGAUCGAUCGAUCACACUUGGACUGAUUUGGUGUGUACUCCUUCUGAUUGCAUCCAUUAUAUCAAUUGGAAUCAUAAUUCGAUACAUGAUCGGACGGACAGAAGAAGAAGAUGAGAGAGCACAGGUCAAUCAGGAUACCGAAAUGAGAUCAGUCUACAUCCCAAUUGUGGUGGUUCAUCAAGACUCGAAUGGAUGUUUGGACGUUCCACCGAUGCAUCCUACGAAUUUCGAAUGA